CUCUAUUUCUCUACCGCUACUGCUGAGCCUGAGUGGGUGCUGACUUUGAGGAGGUCUGGCUGUCCCUCGCGUCCAAGGGGUCCUUGAUCGCAGGCCAGUCUCGCUCGGAGGCUCGACAGGGAUCUAAAUUAGAGACGCCAGACGGUCUCUGCCUCCGGCGUCUGCGAUUAGCAUUAGUACUAAGACAUGAACGGAAGGUUCCAUUGCUUCGACGGUGGCCACCCUGCUCCCUUGCAAGCCUAGACAACCCACUUUCUCCCCUCCCCUUGCUCUUAAAAUGAAGCACUCCCAGUUUCGUAUCCGUUGAGUUUGACACUGCAACGAUCAUGGAGUCGCACGAGCUCAAGCACCGCGCUGUUUCUGCGAACGCCGAGGUUGGCACGGGGGGGCAUGAUCGCGACACGAGCGAUCUGGCGCGAGUGGGAAAGAAGUCUGUUUUAAAGCGAACGUUUGGCAUUCUCUCUACACUCGGCUUCAGCUGUACUAUCCUUGCGACCUGGGAAGGUUUAUUUGAUACCUUCCUCCUACCUCUACAAAAUGGAGGGCCCGGAGGAGCAGUCUACUCGUUUAUCUUCGCCUGGACAGGAACUGCAUGCAGCUUCGUGGUCAUAUCCGAGCUGGCCUCCAUGGCACCGACCUCUGGGGGACAAUACCACUGGUGCGCAAUGCUAGCGCCGCCGAAGUACAUGAAGAUCCUCAGUUACCUGACUGGCUGGGUCACUGUCAUCGGCUGGCAGGCCGCAUUCGCCUCGUCCGCCUUCCUCGCAGGCACCGAGAUCCAAGGCGCCGUCACUCUCGGACACGCAAGCUACUCGGCGCAGCCAUGGCAGGGAACGCUCAUUAUGUGGGCGGCGGUGCUAUUCGCAUUGGGGAUCAAUAUCGCCGGCGGAAAGCUGCUGCCGCGGUUCGAGACGGCGGUGCUGGUUGUGCAUCUGGUUGGCUUUUUUGGCAUUCUGAUCCCGAUCACGUAUAUGGCAGAGCAUAAUAGCACACACGACGUGUUUCUGAAUUUCGUCAAUGGCGGGUUUCCAUCGCAGGGUCUGUCCUGGUUUGUGGGCAUGACGGGGUGUGUUUUUGCAUUUGCUGGGGGGGAUGCUGCUGUUCAUAUGGCUGAGGAGGUCAAGGAUGCCUCCGUGGCAAUUCCCCGCGCAAUCAUGCUCUCCGUCCUGAUUAAUGGGACUCUCGGCUUCAGCAUGCUGAUUGCAGUGCUGUUCUGCCUGGAAGACGUCGACGCAGCAUUGAACUCCCCAACCGGAUACCCCUUCAUGGAGAUCUUCUACCAGGCCACCGACUCCGUCUCUGGCGCUCUCGGCAUGUCCUCGAUCCUGCUGAUCAUCGCCAUCUGCUCUGUCAUCGGAAUGCUCGCUGCGACGUCUCGCCAGUUCUGGUCUUUUGCGCGCGACCGCGCUGUUCCUGGUUGGCGUGUCUGGAGCAAGGUGUCUCCAUACAACUGCCUCCCUACCUACUCCAUCCUCCUCACCAUGACCGUCUGCUGCCUCCUAGGUCUCAUCAACAUCGGCUCCAGCGUAGCCCUCAACGCCGUCGUCUCCAUGGCCGUCUCAGGACUCUACCUCUCCUACCUAACCGUCGGCAGUCUCCUGCUCUACAGACGCUACACGGGCGCAAUCAGCGCAUACCAAAAGAGCGAAGCUGGUGCAGAAACGGGGGUCGUCAACGUCCCCGGCGCAAGGCUCGUCUGGGGGCCUUUCCAUGUGCCCGGGAUCUGGGGCGACAUGAUCAACACCUAUGCUGUGGUUUAUAUGGUGGUAGUGGUGUUUUUUAGCUUCUGGCCGUCGCAGAUGGAGGUUGAUAAGACGACGAUGAAUUUUAGUGUUGUGGGCACGGUGGGGACGAUUAUUCUUGCGCUGCUUUAUUAUGUACUGAGGGCGAGGAAGGUCUAUGAUGGGCCUGUUAUGGAGGUGCAGAUUUAAUCUGUUUAGUUGUUUGAAUUGAGAGCUGAGUUAGAGUAUGAUGAGGGGUGUAUAUAUGACAAAAGUUACAUUAUCUUGUUUGGAUAGCGAUGUAACCGACUCGGAUCCGAGGAGAGACAGGCUAAGGAACCGGUGGCAUGCAGUUGCAAAGCAUGGGAUUACUGCAUCCAGGAAUAAUCACCGAGUUAGUGUUGCUCGCAAG